GAUCGAUCAAUGAUGUGUCAUCAGUGAGGAAGUGGCGGAAUUCAGAAGCGACAUCCAUCUCUGAAUUCCCCUUGAAUUCUCACUUAAUUCACGUCUAGCCGAUAGAUUUUAUUGAAACUUCAGCAGUUCGCCAGUUACAGAUAUUUACUAAAAGUAAGAAAGGAAACCGACCGACCAACCCAACUUUCUGAUUUUGACUUAUGAGGGCAACAUACCGGGAUGACAUCACUUGACCCUAAUACUCCUCUCGAUGCCUUGGAGCUGAGCUACAUCAGCGAGCAGCUCGGUCCUUACGAUUGGAGAAAACUUGGUCUCUACCUUGGCAUCACAGAAGCCCGACUAUCCAACUGGGAGAUGCAGUACAUGAGGAACAUAGAACAGGCCGCCAGUCAGAUGCUGUACACGUGGCACAAUAACCAGCAUCCGUCUCAGGAGCGUGGGUUGCUGAUAGAGGCGUUGAAUAAGACUAAACUCCGGUGCCUUGCUGAGAAAGUCAGAACUGGUGAAUGCCGGCGCUCUGUUCCCAAGGGUAUGAGACCGAUACCGCCAGAGCCGAUGAACCACCACCAACAGCAGAAUAACUACCCUCCUGCGCAAGCCCCGGCUUACGUUGCCCAAGCCCAGCCCCAGCCCUUCGAUGCCCCAAUGCCACUAGCCCCCCAUCAGAUUAGCCACGAAAUCACCGAAAUCAAGUUACGGGACCUCUCUCACAAGCUUGGUGCAGAAUGGAGAAUGGUGGGCACUUUUCUCGGCUUUAACAACUCGGAAAUUCAAGUUAUGCAAGAACAGUAUCCACUAGUAAAGGAAUGUAUAUUCCAGAUGUUACUUCAGUGGCGAAACGUAAAUGGCGUCGAGGCCACUAAGGAGAAAUUAAAGAAGGCGCUGAAGCGAUCGCAACGUGAAGAUAUAGUAGAUUUUGUUGAUGAGCCUGACUUUUGAGUCAUAUAUAACUGAAACAUUGCCCAUGAGAACACUUCAAAGCCUGCAAUAUGAUAUUGAUAAUAUCGUUAUCUUUUAUCUUACGGAAAGCUGCUGACCUGUGCAUCAACGCCUAUAGGAACGAAGGAAGGUUCGCAAGUUACUUGGGGCCAAUCGCAGUCGCACGAAAUAAUUUUUGCAAGAACUGUCUUUCCAUUUAUUGUGAAGCGCCAUGUGAAACGCAGUUUAAAAAAAGGAUCUAGAGAUCUACCUGCAAACAUAUUUCAUUCGUCUGUUACAUUAAACAAAAUCUUUGUUUAUAAAAAUGAUGUGAUAUCUGAUGAAAUUGUAUAAAAUUAAUUUAAAAGUUAACAAAUUUUAUUUGUUUAUCAAAAAUUUCCCGCAUAAAGCGCGUCAUAAAAGAUGGGUCCUUGGAAAGAUCCUUUCGUGCAAUCAGCCCCUGUACGUUACGUUAUGACUGCGUGGUAUGACAUUAGGGAUUUUUUGCUCUGCGACAGACGGAGGGUUCAAGAACAUAGAAAAUGUAUUGAAAAUGACCAUCAAAUGACAAAGAACUGCUUGGAGGUGUUUGUAGAAAAUUGAUGAAUCAAAACAACAGUUUUGCCUUUGACUUGGGACAAACGGCAAAUUUGCAGUUUUUCGUCAACUCCGAAACUUCUGCUCCCGUUCAUCAAUUUUCGUCCAAGACCUCCCAGCAGUUUCAUACUGUGUUCUUGAACGAUCCGGAGUGCAGACUAAUUUAGUUUCCCUUGAAUAAUUUUAUGCAUUGAAACAUUAUGCGGAGGAGAGACCUGCUGGGCACAGUGAUUCAGUUCGCUUUUCGCCUCCCAGGCACAGAUGACAUCAAUGUAUCAAAGGACCCCCUAGAGAUUACCAGCUAAUUUGAUUUUCUUGUCUCAAUUGGUUGGUCUAUAUCGACAGUUUUUUUUUACUGUAUCGUGGCACAGAUAUUAUAUUUAAUAGACGAUCCUCUAUUAUGAUAGUGGUGUAUAAUAUUAUCAUUAAUAUUAUUGUAAUUAUUUUAUUUCUAUAAAUACAGUACGAGAAUUCAGCCAAUAACCGGCUGAAUCGAGUCACGUGAAAGCCAUUCCAUGCGCAAUCGCCGUCUUUGUUUCUACCACAGCUACUGCCAAAAGUGUUUGCUUAUUAAAUUGGGAAAAUUAAAGGGUUUUACCUCCUAGCCUCCCUUUAACUCGUAAAAUAUUUAUCACAUUUCAUUUGUCUAUUGUUAUUUUUAUCAUUAGUAAAAUGAGUUUAAUGACAGCACAUCACAAGACCCAGACUUCAGUAUAGCACCUGAAAAGGGUCUGAUGGAAAGGGUCAUAAAAAUGUUACACCAGCAUAGGAAAUACAUGAAAGCAAGAGGAUAUAUUCCAUGGCGGAAGAGGUUUACGGUACACCAUGUGUCGAGUCCUGGAGGGACCGAGAUAAGAAAAGUGGAUUAGAAUUGGAGGUGAAUUGGAAAGGCGUGAUAUUGGGAGGUUUGAAAGUAGAGUAUUCUUUUCGAAAUGAGUGUAGUCCUUAAAAGGACUGUAAACCAGAAGGAGUGGAAAGCUGAAUAGUAGGCAGGCUUGAGUAGGUGAGAGAAGGCUGGCUUUAGUCGGCAAAUAGAGUAGUAGCUGUAGCGUAGACUCAACGUUUCGGGCAGGUUGACUACUACUUGGCUUUCCACUCCUGGUUUACAGUCCUUUAAAGGACUACACUCAUUUUGAAAAGAAUACUCUACUUUUCAAACCUCCACGUUCCAGUUUACCUCUAUUUUUAUCCACUUUUCUUAUCUCGGUCCUUCCUGGAGUUUACACAUGGUGUACCGUAAAUCACUUCCGUGAUUGCUCAUAUCACCAUGCAAACCUUUAAACAUCAGGAUGUAUUCUUCCUCAUGACAGCCAAAAUCGCAGCUAAAAUUUGCAAAUUGUAAUAACUUGACAUGUGACUUGCUUGUAGUUCAUUAUGACGUCAUCGAGCGUAGUUGUGCUCUAUGCUGCGCAUCGCGUUGCUUUCAUUGUUGUACGUGUCGGUACAUGUCACGCAUUCGCGCAUGCGCACUAGACUGUUGAAUAUGCUCUCAUAUUCAAUAGCAAAUUUUGCACAGGAACCUAAGGGAUAUUCGUCGGAUUUCGGUCCUUUAUAGGGAUACGCUCUGGACUGCACGGGCAAUUGAUGCAGACCAAAAUAUGCAUAUUUAAUGUAUCGCUUAAACGCUCUAUAUAGAUAGUAAUGCAGAAUAUUACUCAUUUAGCCCCCCCCCCCAAAAAAAAUAGCCCUUGAAAUGAAAGGAGUAGCCCCCUUCAAUUCAGUAAUCACCCAAAUUCUGAAAAAAUAGCCCCUUAAUUAAUGAAAAAAGCCCCUAAAUCAAAAUUAUUUCCUAUGCUGUUCCAAUCCCAAAGCUAAUGUCAUGACUGGGUUUUUUUUCAGGGGGGGAGGGGCGUUUCACAAAGAUUUAAGUCUGACUUAAAAGUCGCACUUAAAUGCCGGCUCGUAUAAGAUAUGUAACGCAUGUAACUAUGCACUUAAGUGCGACUCUAAGUCUUACUUAAAAUCAUCGUGAAACACCACCCCCUCCCGGGUCACCUUAACGCUAAACAUAUUAUAAUCAUUUAUCAUCUAGCCGACUUUCAUCAUUGAUCAUGAUGUGUAAUAAGUCAGUCAUAGCCUGUAUAUAAUCAAUAACUAUGCUUUGUAAGGGCCCAGGCCUCAUGCCAAGCUAUAAACAAAUACUUAUGUUGUGAAACUUAUCUGCAGAUUUUGAUGUGUUUUUUAAAUACCUGGAUGUACUAUGUCAUAUUUUUAUGCUUUAUUGCACUAUACUAUUGAAAAUUGUUAUGUAUGUGAGUUGGGUGUAUGUUGUUUGUUUCGAUCAAGUCAAACAGUUUAUCAUGUAAUGACGAAAAAUAUUUUCCUAAUAUUUAGCAGAUGAUCACGUUUGUACAUUAUUAAAAUCAUCAAUUAUUAUUACACAAAGUUCUCAGAGAAUUACUUUUGUUUUAAUGUCAUGGCAUACAGACGAUCCGAGAGCUUUUGACUUUAUCAUCAAAUCAGAGAAAAAUAUGUUAUAUUUCAUAGAAAUGAAUGUGAAAGAUUGAGUGUAUGUGUCACACCUGAAUAAAUUCAAAUGGACAUAACUUGUGUUGAAUGGUGACUCUCUCAACUCACUACUGUAAAACUAAAUAAAUGACCAUGGAAGACAA